UGGCCCUCCACCCGGGAGUGGGCGGCUCCACGAUCUCGCGGUCGCUGAGCCAGGUCACCGUCUCGUAGUUGUCCCCGUUGGCCAGAGCCUCCACCUCCGCGCUGUGGACGCCCACCUGUUGGAACUGAUGCAGGCCGCCCGAGUGGUCGAAGUGGGCGUGGGUGGCGACGGCCAGCAGCGGGUUCUUCUUCUGCGGAUCAUGACCCAGCAAGCCCUUGGCGUCGAUGUAGUCCGGCAAGCUCCUCAAGCCCAGACCGGUGUCGAUGACCACGUCCUGGUGGGAGCCGCGCAGCAGCCAGAUGUUGGCCCGGUUCUCCGACUGGUAGAAGCGCUCCUGGAUCCAGAAGAGGCCGUCCCCGAGCGACUUGUGCGCGUACCAGUCGGCCGCAGACAUCACCGGUCCUGCAGUGGUGGAGGCGGGCCGGCAGGGGAGUCGCGCGCGCACGGCGGUGUUGUGCUAGUCCGCUAGCCUCGCGGCUAAAAGGUGAUGCGCUCUCACCGGACUGUGAUGGUGGCCGCGAGCACACCCUGGGAUGAAUCAAGCAACGCCAUUGGACAGCACUCUUGACGGCGUCAUCAACCUGAUCCCGUUUAUUGGUCAGAAUUGACCCCGCCUUCUGCGAGGCACAGAAUGGGCGGGGCAUUUAAAGUCACACCAGCUGGCCGCGAUCAAACACUUCGCAUGCGGUUGUUGGUCAGUCUGACACAGUCGAGACAACAACUAAACCGGGUUUUGUUUGACUAAAUUAACAAUCAUCGGUUCAUAACAUAAAAGCUUACAGAUACUUUCCUGCGUUAUCCGAAUUUUGUGAGUAUGCGAGGAUGCUGUGUUGAUGUAACAUGUGACGUCAGUUGUCGGCACGGGACAAAAGAAACGUGUGUGUGAUGUUUUAAGGUGGUGGUUGUAGGAGUGGGACAGUCAUGGCCGGUAAGGGACGCGGGGUGGCUGCCUUCACCUUCAACAUCGAGGCUCUGGGCAUCGGCAGGGGGAGCAUGCCGGAAGCCAGGGUGCAGCCCAAUCCCCUGUUUCCACCCACUGACUACAAACCAGUGCCUCUGAAAGAAGGGGAGGAUGAGGACUACAUGCUGGCUCUGAAACAGGAGAUGAGAGGAGCAAUGCAGCGCCUGCCGCAUCACAUCAGGCCUCUAUCCAAUAAGGCAGGUGUGGAGAAAUACACGGCGCGAUACCAGAAGCAGCAGGAGGUGGAUGAUGCAGAUUGGACUCCAGACUGGAAUCGCUUCCCCAAAGAACUGAUGCCGUCCAAGAGGAGACCUCGGACCAAAACUGCUGGCUCAGUGAAGAAAAAGAAGAUCAACAGCAAAGACGCCGAAGCUGUCCUGACUAAACUAGAUGAACUGGAGAAGAAAGAUGGAGAGGGAGAGAAAUCAGAUGAGGAGAAGCCAAAGAAACAAAAUGAUGAAGACGAGGAAGACAUUGAAGAAGAAUAUGAAGAAGAGGAAAUCGAAGAGGAGAACGACUACAUUGAAAGCUACUUUGACAACGGUGAAGACUUCGCAGCUGACAGCGACGACAACAUGGACGGCGAAGCCACAUACUGAAAAUGCUGUGAGGAAUCCCUCCACGCUGUCUGUGGAGGAGCAGGACUCGGUGGAGGACUCGUAGGGAUGAGGGCCCACGGGGGACAGGUGAGGCUGACGUCUGGUUUCCGUCGGGGAGGCAGAUUUGAGAGGUCCGCUGUUGUGGGUCUCGGUCAGAACACUGAAGCGUUUCACCGGAAUCUUCACGGCGCGAAGGGCGAAGAAGUCCUGCUCUGUCAGGAGGCUGUUGGCACGCUUGAGAUCCGCAACCUGCCAACAAGGAAGCACGCGUUGGUACAAUGUGACGGCGCAACAGUGUGGGCACUUCGUACCGAGCAGUGGUACUGCAGGGCGAUGCUGUUCAGAGUAUCCCCCUCCAGGAUGUCUCUGGUCAGGAGGACGAUGUCGUCCAUCCUCUCUCUGGAGGUGCUCCGCCUCUGCCUCUCUCUGCCUCGGGACCGGAGUUCAUAGCUCUCGCCGUCCUCCUCCGACAGCUCGUUCUCGGAUGCGUUGCUUCCAAACAGGUAGGCGUGGCCACCGUUGGCAGGCUGGACCAGAGUGGCUGCCUGGAAGCCAUAGUGUUUACUGGACAUCUUCACUGCGGCCAGGAGAAAAGGACACUUGGAUUAAGCUUAACUCUUUGCUAGAGAUAUCAGCAUUGAGAGACACUUAAAGAGACACGUAACCAUGAUGAAAGAGAGCAGCUCAAGCUGCGGAGGAAAUGACAACAUGACGGAUGUUAAUAAAUAACCUGAUUCCAAAUACGUCAGUUGCUGACUGUGGUGUUUGCAGGAGCCCAUGCACGGUAAACCUGACACACGGGAAACCUUGCAGGUGACUUUAACAAUGGACCAGUGUGGACACAUUUCCUCAAUGCUAUUGAAGAAAUAUUAGAAACAAUGUGAAUGACUCAUCAUUUAGUCAUAUUCAUAUACAAACUGUGAACUGAAACGAAACGAAACUGAAACGAUACUUUAUCAUAAUUCUCUCUCCUAAAAUGGUUGUUUUUCAUUGCCUUUAUUAAAGAUUUCACUGAUACUUUGACCGCUUUAUAAUUUGUUGAUGGUCCCUAACCGAUGCCGGCGCUGCCUGUGAGAGCGUGUCCGCGAUCAGUGAACCCUACCCUCCGACAUCCAACUAUUUUCACCACAGUGUUUCGCUGAGACGCCAGCGCAGCCGCAGACCUGCGUCAGAGAACCUAUGAGGACCACUCCAUCUAAUAAAAUAA